AUGAACGGUCGGAAGAAACCUUCUUCCUCUUCCACUAGAGAGUACAAGGACGGCGCUCCACUGCCAGUUUGUGGUGACAAGGAAUGGGAGGUGGCCGAGCCCGCAAAGCCAGUGGAACAUAUCAACGAAGCUUUGACUCAAGUAAGGAGGAAUUUUUCUAUUUUUGUUACCCAAUUUUAGAGCAAAGUGAAUGUUUUUGUGGCUGGAGCCAAGUCUGAAAACAGCGCCAGAUUAAAACCAAAAUUGGGCAUGAUCUCGCCGACUUCAGUGGACAAAUUGAGCAAAAGGACGACGUCCAGCUCGGCUACCCGCAACUUUUCUCCCUCCCUAGUAUCUGUGAGACGCCAGAAGAACCCUCCGAUCAUAAAUGAAGUCCCCAUUCAACGGAUUCCGAAGAAAAAUCAGUUUUUGGACGAGAAAUUCGUCGAUUCGACGACUCUUUUUGACGAGGUUAUGGAAGUCCUGAGGGAAGUUUUGGCCGAAUUCGAAGAUCAAGUCGAGGUUAUCAACGUGAAAAGCAUUUUGGAAGAGACUCCUCAGCCUGUGGAGAACACCGAUCCCAUGUUUUAUAUGGCUUAUAAGACUAGUGUAAGUUGACGUCAUGAAUAAUAUAAAGUUUUCGCGGUGCGUGUAAUGUUGUGAUGGAUGGUUUUAGCACACCCAAGAUCAUCGAGGAGGCUUUGUCAUUGGCUUUGAAACCGAUUCCCAGCUUGGCUCCAGCACUCCUGGAAGCGCUUCGAUUUCGUCGAGGAGAGAUUAA